AAUCUGAUAGACCCUUUCUUCUCCCAUCAGCAAAUCGUUGCCGCCGCUAUUUCAUUUCCUGUGAACGCAGAUUGAACUUGUAUUCUUCUUGUUCUCUCUCUCUCUACCGCCGCGGGUUGGAGGAAGCUCGUGCGGAAAGUGAUCGCUGGAGCGGCUUGCGACCGACAGAUCGGAGUGUCUGAAUCUGAACCUUUUUUCACCAUGCCGAGCCUUAGAAGCGACUCUUCCAUUAAGCUGAUCACAUACUCUGAGGAGCUUGUUGAUGGAAAACCGCUGUACGCUUCUUCAAAUUCCCUUCCCGUGAAGGCCUUAAACCGCGAGCCUGCGGGCCACGCCUUCCACUCCGCGGCUCUCAAACUCCACGGCUGCGCAGAGGAGCCCACAGACAGCGAAGGCGAUGACAAGAAAGCCGGAGGAGACGAUAAAGAGAAGGAGUACGUUCCUUCCUUCAACUCGUAUUCAAACAAAGGAAAGAAGAAGUCCGGCACGCAGCAGCAAGACCACUACGCCUUGCUGGGGCUGAGCAACUUGAGGUACCUCGCAACAGAGGAUCAGAUCAGGAAAAGCUACCGCGAAGCCGCCUUGAAGCACCAUCCUGACAAGCUCGCUUCUCUCCUUUUAACAGAGGAGACUGAAGAAGCCAAGGAGGCUAAAAAAGAGGAGAUAGAGUCUCGCUUCAAGGCGAUCCAAGAGGCUUACGAGGUGCUGAUGGAUCCGUUAAAGAGGAGAAUCUUCGACUCUACCGAUGAGUUCGACGACGAGGUCCCCACGGACUGCGCGCCACAGGACUUUUUCAAGGUGUUCGGUCCAGCUUUCAAGAGGAACGCUAGGUGGUCUGUGAACCAGCGUAUACCUGAUCUUGGAGACGAGAACACGAAGCUCAAGGAGGUUGACAGGUUCUACAACUUCUGGUACGCUUUCAAGAGUUGGAGGGAGUUUCCUGAUGAAGAGGAACAUGAUCUUGAACAAGCGGAUUCGCGCGAGGAAAGGAGGUGGAUGGAGAAGGAGAACGCUAGAGCAACGGCCAAGGCUAGGAAGGAGGAGCACGCUAGGAUCAGGACUCUUGUCGACAACGCGUAUAGGAAAGAUCCGAGGAUUGUGAAGAGAAAAGAAGAGGAGAAGGCUGAGAAGCAGCAGAAGAAGGACGCGAAGCUUAUGGCUAAGAAGAAGCAGGAGGAGGAAGCUGCUAUCGCCGCUGCGGAAGAGAAGAGGAGGAAAGAGGAAGAGGAGAAGCGAGCGGUGGAGUCUGCACAGCAGCAGAAGAAGGCUAAGGAGAAGGAGAAGAAGCUCAUACGCAAAGAGCGUAACCGUCUCAGGACUCUCUCAGCUCCUGUGGUGGCUCAGCGUCUGCUUGACAUCUCAGAGGAAGAUAUAGAGAAUCUUUGCAUGACGCUUAACAUCGAGCAGCUGCAGAGUCUUUGCGAUAAGAUGGGAAACAAAGAAGGGCUAGAGUUGGCUAAGGUGAUCAGAGACGGGUGCAGCGACAGUAGUAGAGACCAAGAAGCCAACUCUAAAGAGAAAGAAAGCGAGAAAACCAACGGUGGCGGUGCAGAGAGAGUCUCUGUGUUGGAGAGCACUCAGAAGAAACAACCAUGGAGCAAGGAAGAGAUUGAUAUGCUGAGAAAAGGAAUGAUAAAAUAUCCAAAGGGGACGUCUCGGAGAUGGGAAGUUAUAUCAGAGUACAUCGGUACAGGAAGAUCAGUUGAGGAGAUUCUUAAAGCAACUAAGACCGUUCUUCUCCAAAAACCAGAUUCCUCCAAAGCGUUUGACUCGUUCCUCGAGAAGAGGAAACCCACUGCUACAAUCGCUUCCCCUCUCUCCACAAGAGAGGAGCUGGGAGAGUCUCUACCGGCAACAGCAAAGGUGAAACCACCUGUUAAAGAGACUGUUGUUGUUGGUCAAAGCUCGGAGAGCAAUGGUGAAGCAAGUGGAAGUUCAGUAGAGACAGAUGGUUGGUCUGCUGUGCAAGAAAGAGCUUUGGUUCAGGCUUUGAAGACAUUCCCCAAAGAGACAAGCCAAAGAUGGGAGAGAGUAGCUGCAGCUGUUCCUGGGAAGACUGUGAUUCAGUGCAAGAAGAAGUUUGCAGAGCUUAAGGAAAUCAUCAGAAGCAAGAAAACUGCAGUCUAAAUCUUAUCGGAGCUCCAUGAGAAUUUUGGGUUGUAAUCCUCAUGAGGGCACUGUUACUUUGCAAGAUCAAAACCUUCAAACUUUUAUCUAUACUAUUAUUUGUAAUGAUUCAUUUGCUUCUGAUACCUGCUAUCACAAACUUAAUACUUUUAUCUAAUCUUAUGUAUGAUUUGAUUUUAAAUU